AAAAAAAACCAUUUUAACAACCUUAUCAAUUUGUGUAAAUGGGAAAGAGUUGUGUUGUGACUAGUUCCUUCUCGCUUCUCCUUCUCUUCCUUCAAACCCUAAAAUAUGUUCAUGCCGGUUUCAUUUGCUACGGCGACUUUUUCAAUGUUAACUACGGCGUCAGUCGAACGUAUCUCUUCUCUUCUCUUCCUUCUAACGUCGUUUCUAACGGCGGUUUCUACAACGCAUCGUUUGGCAGAGAUUCCAAAAACAACAGAGUCCACGUUGUUGCCUUAUGCAGACGAGGCUACGAGAAGCAAGCUUGUAAGACAUGUCUCGAACAUGUGAUUGAAGACACAAAAUCCAAGUGUCCUCGCCAAAAAGAGUCUUUCUCGUGGGUCACUGAUGAAUUCGACGACGUUUCUUGCUCUCUACGUUACACCAACCACUCAACUCUUGGCAAACUCGAGCUCUUACCAAAUACUAUUAACCCUAACCCUAACAGUAUAGAUUCCAAAUUCAACAACAUGGCCAUGUUCAGCCAAGAAUGGAUUGCAAUGGUUAACCGGACACUCGAGGCUGCUUCCACCGCUGAGAAUUCCUCAGUCCUUAAGUACUACAGCGCAACAAGAACAGAGUUCACACAAAUUUCAGAUGUUUACGCGUUGAUGCAGUGCGUGCCUGAUCUAUCGCCAGGCAACUGCAAGAGAUGUCUUAGAGAGUGUGUGAAUGACUUUCAGAAGCAGUUUUGGGGAAGACAAGGAGGUGGGGUUAGUCGGCCUAGCUGUUAUUUCCGGUGGGAUCUUUAUCCGUACUACAGAGCUUUUGACAAUGUUGUAAGAGUUCCUGCUCCUCCUCCUCAAGCUUCUUCUACUAUUAUCGAUUACGGGAGAGACGAGAAAAGUUUUCAAGGAAGCAACAUAGCAAUUAUUGUGGUCCCUUCAGUCAUCAAUCUCAUCAUAUUUGUGGUUCUAAUAUUCUCUUGGAAGAGAAAGCAGUCACACACCAUAAUCAAUGAUGUUUUUGAUUCAAAUAAUGGUCAAUCUAUGUUACGUUUUGAUCUUCGAAUGAUUGUAACUGCAACCAAUAACUUCUCUCUUGAAAAUAAGCUUGGCCAAGGUGGAUUUGGAUCUGUCUACAAGGGAAUAUUACCAAGCGGGCAAGAGAUAGCGGUAAAGAGAUUAAGAAAAGGUUCAGGACAAGGAGGUAUGGAGUUCAAGAACGAGGUCUUACUCUUGACAAGACUCCAACAUAGGAAUCUGGUUAAGCUUCUUGGGUUUUGUAAUGAAAAAGAUGAAGAGAUUCUUGUCUACGAGUUUGUCCCCAAUUCAAGCCUUGACCACUUCAUAUUCGAUGAAGAAAAACGCCGAGUUCUGACAUGGGAUGUGAGGUAUACAAUCAUAGAAGGAGUUGCAAGAGGGCUUCUUUAUCUCCAUGAAGAUUCUCAGUUGAGGAUUAUACACAGAGAUUUGAAGGCAAGCAAUAUCCUUUUAGACGCGGAGAUGAACCCUAAGGUUGCAGAUUUUGGGAUGGCAAGGCUGUUCGAUAUGGACGAGACUCGAGGACAGACAAGCAGAGUAGUUGGAACAUAGUAAGUAAGCUCUGUUUUUAUUUUUAAAGAUUCUUUGAUCAGCAUCACUAUUAAUAUGAUUUGGUUAAUGCAGUGGAUAUAUGGCUCCAGAAUACGCGACAUACGGACAAUUCUCGACAAAAUCUGAUGUUUAUAGCUUUGGUGUCAUGCUUCUAGAGAUGAUAAGUGGUAAAAGCAACAAAAAGUUGGAAAAAGAAGAAGAGGAAGAAGAAGAAGAGCUUCCAGCUUUUGUGUGGAAGAGGUGGAUUGAAGGAAGAUUUGCAGAGAUCAUUGAUCCUUUGGCUGCUCCGAGUAACAAUAUCUCAAUAAACGAAGUAAUGAAGCUCAUUCACAUAGGUUUGUUGUGUGUUCAAGAGGAUAUUUCCAAAAGACCUAGCAUUAAUUCAAUCCUCUUUUGGCUUGAGAGACACGCUACUAUCACAAUGCCUGUGCCCACGCCUGUUGCUUAUCUUACGCGACCAUCGUUAUCACUUGGUCAUUAAUGAACCGUCAAUCAUGUAUGUUUUAUACCUAUUUGUCUCUCUCUGUACAAUGAAUGACAAAUGUUGAGAAAAGAGAUGCCGUGUAAUGUAAGCAAACUUAUGUUUGAUUUGUGCUAAACUUAUUUAUAUUAAAUGAAUAUUUGAUAUAGCCAGC